AUGGCGGACGCAGCAGAUCUUCCCGGCGCUUCCUCUAGUCAGAAAAUGUCGUCGAAACUUUUAAGACAAAAGGCACAGGAAUUUCUAUCUUCGAGGAAGCAUGCCAACAAUUUAGUAGACAUAAUAGCCCAAUGGGACGAAUCCACUUUGUCCUGCCUGCUUACGAUGGAAACGAUAUUCGUCGAAGUUUUGAGAAGGGGUGACAUGUAUCUUGAACGGACGAUAACACUUACGAUAUCAGAGCCGAGUCCAGAAGCAAGAUACAUCAGCUGGUUAAGAAAUUGUUACGAAGAAAUAUGGGAGAAGAUACUUUUAACAAUAGAAAAGUAUCGGCCUGCUAUUCAAUUACAAGCUCUCACUACCGCUAUAAAGCUUAUGGCAGAAGAAGGCAAAAAUCCAUUGGAACCAUUCGGCAGUGUAGGGUACUAUUUCCCUCUUCACCGGCUGAAACCCAUUUUGAUGAGUUUACUAUCGCCAGAGAAAGACAAUGCUAGUUUAAUAUCUAGAUUUCAAGAAAUUACGGAAUAUCCCGAUGCUCUUUACUACACCUGGAAAUGUCUUCCCUCUCUUACACCUAAAAGGCAGCCACAUGAAAUUUAUAUAAAAAAUUUACUCGAGCUUAUACACAAAUUGCUGUUGCCAAAGGAAAACGAAGAACAAGAGAUGUCCGAGAAUAAAAACUUAUUAUGCGGGCCACAACAAGAUAGUAAAAGUUUUACAUGGGAUCAAGCAGGAGCUAGACGCGCGUUAAAUAAAGUUUGGGUUUGCGUUAUGCAUUGGGAGUUGACGCCGCAGUUACAUAAACAGUUAUUAGUAGUUUUGUUAGAACGAGUAAUGCCACAUUUAGAAAAGCCUGUUUUACUAACAGAUUUUCUUAUGGAUUCCUUGGAUGCAGACGGGACUAUAGGCUUGCUCGCAUUACAAGGUGUAUUUUUAUUGGUUACCAAACACAACUUGGAAUAUCCUAACAUCUUUACCAAACUUUAUUCUAUGUUUGAGCCAGAAAUUUUUCAUACGAAAUACAAAGCUCGCUUAUUUUACUUGUCCGAUCUUUUUCUCAGUUCAACGCACUUACCAGAAGCAUUAGUCGCCGCCUUUGCAAAACGACUCGCGCGUUUAACUCUUGUUGCACCACCCGAAGAUAUUCUCAUAAUUUUAUUGUUUGUUGGAAAUCUUUUACUUAGGCAUCCUGGCUUAAAACGUCUCAUCGAUCAUCCCCAAGAAGGAGAAAUUUCAACGGAAGAAAGUAACGGUGCUGGAGACCCGUUCUUGAUGGAAGAACGAGAUCCAUUGUUAAGCAACGCUCUUCUAAGUAGUCUUUGGGAAAUCAAAGCACUGCAGUGGCACAUAGUACCGAGUAUCGCUAGUGCUGCUCGCUUUAUUCGCGAACCUUUACCCUCUGUCGAGUACGACAUGGCAUCGGCUUUAGAACGCACCGGAGGACAUUUAUUCGAUCGGGAAUUAAAAAAUAAAGUGAAAGAUAUCAUGCUAACGUUCGAAAGACCCAAUUCAAUAGCUUUACCAAAAGGUGAAAGAUUAUUGCAGUAUUGGCAACUGACGACGAUGCACUGACGGGCAAUAUCGAAGUUAUACAUUAUACAUGUAUAUUGUGCAAUAUACAUUGAUAUCGAAAAGAACACUCUGAAUGAACAAAAGAAAAAAAAGGAACGCAAAGAAAAUGAUGAAGUUUCUGCGUUUGUUUUAUACGUUUAAAAAGUUUAGUAUGAAGAUAUUGCAUACUUUUGUAUUAUUUAAAAUCUAAAACUAAUUGUAAAGGAAUUGAUUCGGAAUACAUUGUUUCACGAGCAACAUGUAGAUACGUAUUUUUAGACAUCCAAUCAUGCAGUUAUCUAGCACAAUAACUACUCGUGAAUAACUACCAGUUCUGUUAAAUGAAGUCAUUUGUAUGGAUGAAUGUGUGAUAAUAAAGUGAAAGUUAUUUAAUUUAAUAGA